UCUAGGCAUAAGUAUUGUUACAGAUGAAGUGCAUCCAGAACAUGCAUGUGAUCUUUUUUACUUUCCUUACCAUUGUUUAUAAAAACCAUGAUAUAUAACUGAAUUUGUAUUCUGGCCAACAUCCUUUCUCAGGUUGUCCUCUUUAUCCUCGUAUUACAUCCCUCGUGACUCUCCAGUCCUCAUACAAGGAUUAUAUUAACAUGCUGCCACCCACAGAGCACCCUGGGGUGUUUGGCCAGCACCCCAAUGCUGACAUUGCUAGUCAGAUCACUGAGACCAGGACGCUGUUUGACACCCUGCUCUCCUUGCAGCCCCAGAUCCCAGCACUGAUUGAUUACGAGGGUACCUCAUCCCUCCUCCAGGACAACUCUUCACCACUUAAUGUGGUUCUGCUACAAGAGAUCCAGAGAUAUAACUCUCUGCUGGACACCAUCAUGUAUGGACUCUAAGUGUGUGUGU